AUGUGGCAAUUAUUUCAAACCCCUUCUUGCCAGCUAUUACGGCUAAGAUUGCUACCAAUAAAAAGUAAUGGGCAUUAUGUGAAUUUUAUAUCAAAUAAACCUUCGCUUGGUAUAAAACGCUAUUUUUCAGAAGUUAAAAAAAGUUCAGAGAAAGUCAACUCUUUCUUAAUUUGUAGCCCUUGGAAACUGUGUACAGGUAUAAGCUUAGGUUUAGGAGCUCGUUUAUUUGUGGGCAAUGGAUCUGCUCUUUGUAAAGCCAAUUUGUCACGGACUAUUCAAAGAAGACCAAAUUUACAUGAUGAUAGUGCAAAGUUCGAUUGGAAAAGGUUUUUCGAGUAUCUCUUACCUCACAAAUGGUUGUUGGUAGCUGCAGUUGCUUCUGCAUUGGCAGUGGCAUUUCUAAAUGUGUACAUUCCGUCAAUGCUCGGUGUUAUAGUAAAUGUUUUGGCUAACAUGAAGUACAAUCCUACUGCAGACUUUAUAGAAGAAAUCAAGAUUCCUGCAUUGAAAUUGAUUUCGCUUUACAUAGGACAGGCAGUAUUUACAUUUUUCUACAUACACUUGCUCGCUCAAGUGGGAGAGCGUGUUGCCGCACAAAUGAAACAAGACCUGUUUGUGUCUAUUUUAAAUCAGGAUAUGGCGUUUUUUGACCGAGAAAGAACGGGGGAACUUGUUAACAGGAUAACAGUAGAUGUUCAAGACUUCAAGAGUUCCUUUAAACAGACGAUCUCUGGAGGACUCAGAGCUAUUACACAGGUAGUCGGUUCUGCGGUCAGUCUACUCGUUAUAUCGCCUCACUUGACAGGGUUGACAAUGAUUUGCAUACCAUCGGUAGUCAUUGGGGGGACAUUUAUCGGAUCUCUAUUGAGGAAACUUUCUAGAGAGGCACAAGCACAGUUAGAAAAGGCAACUCUAGUCGCGGAGGAGGCAAUCGCAAAUAUGCGGACGGUUCGCGCGUUCGCAGGCGAAGAGAACGAGGCGAGUAUGUUUGCGGACGAAUGCCAAACUGCGGCCGACCUUAGUAUGGAGCUGGGCUUAGGCGUAGGCCUGUUUCAAGCCGGAACCAAUCUGUUCCUGAAUGGUAUGGUGCUGGCGACGAUGUUCCUGGGCGGGCACCUGAUGUCCACGGGACAGAUGUCGGCGGGCGACGUAAUGGCGUUUCUAGUAAAUGCUCAAACAGUGCAGCGUUCCGUCGCUCAGCUGUCGCUUCUGUUCGGUUCCGUCGUGAAGGGGCUCAGCGCUGGGGGACGAGUUUUUGAGUAUAUCAAUAAGGAACCUCAAAUGGACACGUCGGGUAAGAAGGUUAUAAAAUACCACGAGUUCCACGGCGACAUCGAGUUCAGGGACGUCACCUUUGCUUACCCAACCCGGCCGGAAGCUAUCGUAUUGAAGAAUUUCAAUCUGAAAAUACCAGCCGGUAAGACAGUUGCCAUUGUUGGGACGUCAGGCAAUGGAAAAUCAACCAUAGCGGCCUUGUUAGAAAGGUUCUACGACGUGAAUGAUGGUGUUGUGACAAUAGACGGAGUGGACAUCAGGGAGUUGGACUGCAAGUGGCUAAGGGGCAGAGCCCUGGGGCUGAUUAGUCAAGAGCCGGUGCUCUUCGCUACGACCGUUAAGGAGAACAUAAGAUAUGGGAAACCUGAAGCUACUGACGCCGAGAUAUAUGAAGCAGCGAAAACAGCGAACGCACAUGAUUUUAUCACCGGUUUUCCUAACGGUUACGAAACUUUGGUGGGUGAGAGAGGGAUGUCCCUAUCCGGUGGACAGAAACAGAGGAUCGCUAUCGCCAGGGCCGUCCUGAAAAACCCGCCUGUAAUGAUCUUGGAUGAGGCUACGAGCGCUCUAGACUCAGCCAGCGAGAAAGUCGUGCAGACUGCAUUGGAAAGCGUAACCAAAGGCCGCACAGUGCUGGUGAUUGCGCACAGGCUGUCCACUGUUAUGCAUGCUGAUAUCAUUGUCGUGCUGAACAAGGGUAAAAUCGUCGAGAUGGGAACUCAUGAACAACUGAAGAAACAGAAGGGCUUCUACUGGAAUCUUAUAAAACAACAAGAUCAAGACCCUGACACCACUAGAACUUUAUGA